ACAAACAUCCCCGCAAUGCACCUUUGCGAAAACGCCCUCCCGCAGCCCCGAACGGCUGAACCUCCUCGCUCUCCUCCCGACUCCCCUCUCCUGCUCCCCACCUCCGCCCUCUCUCUCUCUCCCUCUCUGCUCUCUGCGUCCACGCCGCCGCCUCUCCUCCCCUUCUCCCUCUCCGCCUGCCUCCGUCGUCCCUCCCCGCUGCCGCUCCUCCUGUUCACCACCGCCGCCCGCUCCUGGAAGCUCCGGAUCUGGCGGUGGGGUGUGGCUUGGAGGAAGGGGGGAUCCAGAUCCGGCAGCGCUGGCCGGCCGAUGCCGGUGCCGGUGCUUGGGCGAGCAGGACAGCCCCGCUCUCACCGCGGGCGGCGCCCCUCCCCGCCCCCCUCACUGUGGCGCUCCUCCCCUCCGGGGUCCGGCAAGGGCGAGGCUCGCAGCACCGGCAGCGCCGGCCUGGCUGCCUCGUGGAGCGGCGGCUCCUCCCCUCCGGGGUCCAGCGAGGGCGCGGCUCGCAGCACCGGCGGUGCCGGCCGGGUUGCCUCGUGGAGCGGCGGUUCCUCCCCUCCGGAUCCGGCGAGAGCCGCGGCUGGGCGGGCAGCGGGGGCCGCGGCUGCAGGGCCGGCGUGGCACCCCCACCUUGUCUUCCGGUGCAGGAAGGAUGGACACGCUGCUAUGCUGAAGAAGGAAGAACUGCUCGUGCCAAUCAGCUUAGCCAUAUCCUUGCGUGAAUUAAGGAGAACACCCCUUGCGUUUUGUGGAGGAGAACACCCGGUGCCCCAAAAUCUCCGGAUAAUUCAGCAAAUCCUCAGAGCGAGAGGUACAGAAUUGGUAGAUUUGGAGGAGUAUAUGGGCAGUCAAAGCUUUCAAACAUCUUGCAUGCUAAUGAACUUGCAGGUGAUUUAAGAAGCAGGCAGAUAUGCUCUUAUAGUCUUAUUAUUAUAAAUGUUUUCCAUAAGUUAUUUUUUUCCUCUACGACCAAGCCACAGAAGAGCAAGGAAGAGGUUGGCCUCCCAUGCACAAGCUCUUUUUCUUAUCAGCAUCAGAUAGGUUAUUGUCAGAACCUAAGUCUGAAUAAAAAAUUGUUUAGUAGUCCUUAUUCCGGUACUAAAUAGUCAUGCUUCUGAUGGUUUCCUUUUAUAAUGGAAGGAAGGAUGCUUAGUCACAAGAAUGGAGAAUUGGAGCUGAGAUUCAUGCCGACUCAAUAUUUUUUUAUGGAUUAUUCAGCUACACCAUACUGUGGCGUUACUGUUGUGGUUUAUGUAUUGUUCAAGGCAUAGUUUUUUCCUGAAAUGAGUCGAAGGCAUAGUUAAGAUAACCUGUAAUUGCUUGUGCAUGAACUUAUGCUGCUUAUAGUAAAAUUAUCGACCUUGUAUUAGUAAGUGAUUUAUGGUAUCAGUUACAUAAUGCCUUUUCAUGUAUAA